CUUCAUUCACCCACUGAUUGUCUCCGACGGAUUCCCCUUCGGCUCGCGCUUGCUCCUUCCUCCGCGCCAUCCCAGUCUAAGCGCGCGCACCUCAUUGUCUUUACAGCACCUUUCUCCUUGCGCAACAGCAAAUCCAUCUCGCGCAGGACAUCGUAAGAGCAAUAAGGUCAUCAUACGAACAACAGCACCAUGUCCGACUCCGAAAACGACCUGCUGUCCGCGCUCGAGGCGCACGGGAGGGCAUUCCUGGCGUCCUUCGACUUGCCGUCUACCUCUACUGCGGCCCAGAAGGACAGCAAGAGGGAAAGGAAACGCAAACGGGCACAGGCAGAUGAGGGGGAUGCAGACGAGGAGGAGUGGGAGGAAUGGCAUGGGAUCGGUGGAGGAGUUGACACUGAGGGGAAUGACGACCAAGACGAGGGACGUGAAGACAGGGGGGAUGAAGAUGACAGUGGGGAUGAAGAUGAGGACUUGGACCAGGAAGGAAGCGGGGACGAUGAUAUGAACGACGACGAGUUCACCUCCGCGCAGCCGACGGUGGUGACAUUCACUGAUCCGUCUGCCUCUGCGCCGAUGAGGGCGCCAAGUAAGGCGUUUAUGUCGUCCAAAGUAUCAAAGCUACGAACGGACGGACCCAUCGCGUCGACGUCCCGAAAUGCAUCAAAAGCAGAAGACGACGGCGACGACGAGCACACGAACGCGCAGAACGACGCGCUCCUCCACCGGCUCGUGCACACCCAGCUCCUCGACCCCAAUCUGUCCAACGAUAGCAAACCGUCCGCCCGACGAACCGCUCUCCUCGGCCGCCUGCACGAACUCGCCUCCGCGUCCGGUGCUGCUGGAAAAUCCACGCUCAAACAAUCCCGCCCGGGCAUGGGAUCGAAAGUCAUCAAGACCACCGAGCGCAACGUGCACGCCAAGGCCGUACGUGAGGGGCUCCUCCGCAAACAGAAAGAGCUAGCGGCGAGGAAGGUGGAGGAAGCAAAGGAGCUGGGGACGUACCACCCGUCGCUGAAGCGGGCGCUGGGUGCGACGGACGAGGAGCUGGUGGCGAAGGAGGGGGUGAGGCGGCGGGAGCGGGGGCUGAAGAUGGGGGUGGGGAAGUUUAAGGGUGGGGUGCUGAGGCUUGGGAGGGAGGAUAUUGCGCGGGUGGAGGGGAGGGGGGAAGGUGGGGGACGAGGUGGGGGUAGGGGAGGCAGAGGGGGCAGGGGGAGGGGCAGGGGCGGUGGGAGGGGGAAGAGGCGGUAGACAAGUGGUACUGUACUGUACAAUGGGCAGGACGCGGUACCGUGGAUUGGGAGGGCAGAGUGUACGCGACCGAUCGAUGACGUAUUGUAAUUACCAGAACCGUCGAUCGCGUCAGGACAGGCGCGCGUCUAUUGAGCACUCUAGUCCCGCACUGCAUUCACUCACACCUUGACACGCACCGUCGACGGGCAGCGACACUUCCCUGUCUGACACGCUCGCAGGCCAUCUCUCGCGCUUCGGCCACACAUCUCC